UUGAGUCCCCUCCCAGCGCUUGUCGCCACGUCCCCCGUGCCAGCCUCGGGGUGAGCGGCCUUUCCCCAGACGCCUGCUGGAAAUUUCCAGAGGCACCACAGUAGUCUCGAAAGAAAAAGCUGCUGUGCCGCCCCGCAGGCGCUUCAAUUCGGGAUCUGUUGCUGCUGGCAGACACGCCAUGCUCUGCUUCACGGACUGAAUUUAAGCCUCUUACGUGCUGCUCACUUGGAGGGGUUCAUAUUAAGUGUCCAAAAUCAGAAUUAGUCCGAGCACUGUGACUUUUCCAUCAUGUCAGAACCUGUCACGCUCAAUGUUGGAGGAAAACUCUAUACCACCUCUCUGUCCACUCUGACUAGCUUUCCAGACUCCAUGCUGGGGGCCAUGUUUAGUGGGAAGAUCCCAACCAAGAAGGACAGCCAAGGCAACUGCUUUAUUGACAGAGAUGGCAAAAUCUUCCGCUAUAUCCUGAACUUUUUACGAACUUCUCACUUGGAUCUUCCCGAAGAUUUUCAGGAAAUGGGCUUACUGCGACGGGAAGUAGAUUUUUAUCAAAUUCAGCCCCUGAUUGAGGCCUUGCAGGAGAAAGAGAUAGAGCUUUCUAAAGCAGAGAAAAAUGCCAUGCUCAACAUCACCCUUGAUCAGAAGACCCAGACUGUUCACUUCACUGUCCGAGAAGCACCCCAGAUUUACAGCCUGUCUUCCUCCAACAUGGAAGUCUUCAGUGCUCAUAUCUUCUCCACGUCGUGCCUGUUCCUGAAGCUUCUUGGUUCCAAGCUGUACUACUGUUUCAAUGGAAACCUUUCCUCAAUAUCCAGUUACCUGCAGGACCCCAACCACCUGACCUUAGAUUGGGUUGCAAGUGUGGAAGGCCUUCCCGAAGAGGAGUACACCAAGCAGAACUUGAAGAGACUUUGGGUGGUGCCAGAUAAUAAGCAAAUCAAUAGUUUCCAGGUGUUUGUGGAAGAAGUGCUGAAAAUAGCCAUGAGUGAUGGUUUCUGCAUAGAUUCUGCUCAUCCACAUACUUCAGAUUUCAUGAAUAAUAAGAUUAUUCGCCUAAUUCGGUACAAGUAGGAAUGGCUGUUGUGGUGCUAGCAUGGAGAUAACACAGGUUCAGUGUUUCCCUUUAAAACACACAGCCUAAUUCAGAAUCAUGCUUAUCUGGAUUAAGAGUCACUAACAAGGAGAUGAUUUUCCUUUAAUGUACUUACCAAUACGACCUUCCAGAAUAUGUCCAUAUUCCAGACAGAAGCAAUAUUGUCUAGCGCCUGAAUUAAGGACUGGCUCUGUCUCUGCCUCUGCCUCUGCCCUGCUGUACAAUUGUGGGGAAAAUCACUUAACUUCUAUCAUCUCUACGUUUUCCAGUUGGAAAAUGGGUGAUCCUUAACCCUCAUUGCCAGGGGAUGCGAGAGUUCGGUACCCAUGGUUUGGAAUGUAUCUGGAGAAUGGAUGCAGUGAAAGAUACCAUGGAGCUGCAGUGCAGCAGACAGCCCUAGGAGCACAUGUGCCAUGCCUUGCUGUACCACCUGUGCAGAGCAUUCAAGAAGCUUUGGAUCUGCGGAGGAGAAGCCUUCCCACAUGCACUCAAGACAGCUGUAAAGGAUGGUACACGUUGCAAAUGAGCAAGGGAUCCCAUCUCUUUGGGUUCAACAAAGGAUUUCUGUGAAGCUGGCUUGGGGUUUUUUCUCAACCCUGUGUGGAAGCCCCUGCUUUAUUUUGCUUUAGGGAAACCGUGUUGGAAUGAUGUGACUGGCAAGGAAGCCAUAGAAGAGAGAAUGGUGUUAUUACAAACCAAGAAGAUGAAGUCUUUACUUUUACAUUCCAAAGGCAUCCGAGACAACUAGUCCUUUUCUUUCUCUUACAAUGGUAAUAUUUGUCUGGAGGAUGCUGCUGAAACUUUCUAAUGGGAGGACAGAUUUUGGGGCAGAGGCCCCCAAAUGUCUUCUAAACAUUUGAGCCUCUUUUGGACAUAACUCCCUUCAGCAGUGCCUGGAAUGCAUGGGAUGCUGUCUGGGUAGGAUGGAUUUCAUUUGAAAAGAUAACAUUCUCACCAGGUUACACCUAAUAUUUUUCAUUGCAAAAACAGAGGGUCGUUUUUCCUAUCCUGGUUCAUUGAGCCUUUUUUUGUCUAAUAUCUUUGUGAAAUAGUUAGGUCACUAAAAGAAUUUUACCUACUUGCUUGGCUUCAGUGUCAGCUUGCCAGAGGGAAAGCAGUGGAAAACCAGAGGUGAACUCUUCCCUACACACCUGGUCUGUGCUGUAAUGAAGAUAACUCACUAGCUGCAUGUUGUCUCUAUACAUCAUUUGUGCCACAUUCAAGAUGGUUCUUUCUUGGCUAAUUAUGUUUAAAAGUGUCUUAACUGUAUUUCCCAAAUCAGAUUGAUGUGAGUGCAUGAGAGGCCCUCUGGAACCUUCUCAGGUAUCUUUAAUUAGAUAGAAGGGAAAAUGCAAUAACUAAGUUUUGCAUUUAGAGGCUUAGUGCUUCCAAAGGUUUCUAGCACAGGGCUGCAAAGCUCAGUAAUGCUCAUGUUCUUGUUUCCCAGAGUAACUACUCUGUUACAUUAAGCUGACCUGUGAACAAGCAUAAAGAAGCUUUUUUUCUUGUAAAAAAACAGGGUGAUCAAUAUAUUUCUACUGUCCCAAACUGUGACUGCAUGCAAAAAACAAAUCAGCAUGCUCAUGGGAAAAAUGCACAUUCUGCAGUUGUUACAAACCACUGCCCUUUGUCUGACCUGGUGCUAAACCAGCAUGAUAUACAUGGGACCAUGUUGUCAGAAAGCACUGAUUGGGCUUGAAGCCCUCAGAACUACUAAACAUGACAAAUGUUGUGUAGUGACCAAAUGCCAGUUUGAGUCACCAUGUUGUUCUAUAUUUAGUUGCAUUAGGAAGAGCUCUUUUUUUUUUCUUUUCCAUCCCAGUCCUGAAUUACAAAGCAUGAGCUGGCUGGUCAGCUGGGCAUUGACAGGGAUGAUCUGUGCUGGUAAUACAAUUAUGAUCUGUAAAAUGAAUCCUCUUUCAUCAAAUCCGUGACUUGAAACAGAUAUGCCCUUGCUGAAUUUAUGAUAACAGAGAUUUUGGGGACUGUUGAUGGUAUUUCUUUUUAAUCCACACCCUUGAGAGUAGAUUUUAAAUGAUCUGUAACCAGAGCUCUUGUAUGUCAUGACUAAAAUAAUACCAGUAGGAAUUUGUUUCCUGUCACCUUGAGUUUAUCCAAAGGUAAGAGCAGUGGGCUUAGAUCUGGAAGGGUGGAGGGGAGGGAGGUCUGACCUACAUCCUUUAGAGCUUGGGAUCAGUUCUGCUCCAUUCUGUUUCAGCAAAAUAAAAUAUUCCAUGGGAGAGUUGUAUGAUUACUGCAUUUUACUUGGUGAAAGGCAAGUAAGAGGAGUCUGUAAAAGGAGAGAACUGGACUCAGAUCUUCACCUGGAGUACUUCAACCCAUCAGUCUGUUAUGCAGAAGAUGAACAAAUUGAAUACACAUUUAUUUGUGUUCAUGCAGCUAAGUCAGUAAAAGGCAACAGCUGGCCCCAGAUCUCUGUCAUUUACUAACAGAUACUGAGAUGCAAAAUAUCUCUAGACAGAUAGAUGAUAGAUAGAUAGAUAGAUAGAUAGAUAGAUAGAUAGAUAGAUAGAUAGAUAGAUAGAUAGAUGCAAAAUUUCCAACCACUGCAAAGACAUGAGUGAAGCCAUGCUUUGGAAGGAACAGAAGAACCUGAGGUACCUCAGACUUGCUAAGCACAGUAAACAUGCUUAAGUAUGAGGUACUAUUUAUACUGGAAAUGGGCGGUAAGUGAAUCACUUGUGAUUGCAGUCAAACAUAUGUUCUACAAAUGCAGCUGCUAUUUCAGACUCCACACUAAGCUCAAUUUAUAGCUGCUCCCGAAUUCUGCAGUCUGUGAGUUACGAUAUAAUGACUGUUUAUAGGAACAUUCUCUCUCCAGAGCAUUUGUUUGCAUUUUAUCUGAAUAGCUGUUUUUUUGUUUACCUUCUUUUUCUGAGCCCUGGAAGUGUAACUUGCUUUUGUUUGCCAGUCAACAGCACUGAUAAUGAUUCUUCUCAAGAGUUUUCCUGAAUUAAAGAGAAGCAAACAUGCACAAAGCCAUGCUAAGUAUAGCACAACCCCAUCACUAGUCAUGAAAAGCACUUGGCAUUUAUUAGCAGUUACAUCUAAAAAUUAUUUCACUGCUGAGUGGAAUAUUCACUCUCAGAACAAACAUUUUUUUUUUUCUGGAAAGGAUCUAGUGAUAUUUUCUUCCCUUAAAGUUUUGUGUGUGUUUUCUUCUAUCUUGGUGCAUAACUCCUGAUUCUGCCAUAGUCUGUGAUUGGAAUGAUUCACUGGUCCUUUCCAGUUUUAAUCUCCUAUUAUCCACUUUAAAUAUGGAUCAUGCCAAGACUUAUGCUAGUAGCUUCUCAGGAACAGUCAGCUUUGCUUCAAUUUGCAUGUGCUUCAAAUCACCAAGCAUUUGCACUGCUGUACUUAGAACUUUGUAACUGGGUUGUUGGGUAUAAAUUGCUGCUUGAGUUCACAGGCAGCAAAUAUCUGCAAUCAAUCAGAUUUAUUCCCAGGAAUAAAAAGUGAGGUGGAAAGGCUGGUGGAGCCUGUAUACAAGGUUGGUGGAAGUGAUAAAUACUACCUUCAGCCAUAGACUGUGGAAAAUAAGCCUAGGAACUUCUGAUACUUCACAGAUUAAUGAAGAAGUUAUGAAGAAGACUCCUCUGGGCAGCUUUAUUUUCACCCCAUCCUGUAGAACUUGGUGCCUCCGCUCAGAAUUUCCAUGUAUUUUGAAACAUUGAACUUCCAUUCUGCAUCUACAUGCUGAUGGACACAAACAUGCAGGGUACAAGAAGUACAAAUAUGGGGCCCUCCCAAUAACAGUCUCAUAUGCAGAGACUGAGUAUUAGUAGAGGCAGUCACAGAUAGUCUGUGCAAGAAGGGCUGAUUGCAUAUGAAUGUCCAGAUCAAGCUCAUAGGUUCACCUGGGAAUAACAAAAGGAAUGUCUUCCCUGGGAAUUCAUAAAAAAAAAAAGAGCUAUAGGGGAGGGCUGAAUCUAAUCAUUUCUCUUCUCCUCAUCCUCUGGGCAUUCCCCUCAGUAUUUUCAUGCUCCAACUCCUAAUUGCAGGAUUUUCCCACUGAUCAGAAUUUGGACCCCAACUCACUAAAAGCCAUGCUUUUGAAUCAGUAGUGUUUGAAAAGAGUGAAAAGAUGGUCUUUAUUGCUUACCACCUUCACAGUGACCCUGUAGGGCUAUCACAUUUUAAAAUCUGAUUGCAUUCCUUUGCUUGUAACUCCUUCUGUGAACUGUUACUACUAUGUAUUUUAGAUAAAUUAAUGUAUAGUAAAUAAAAUGUGAAUGAAGCAGGAA